CUUGGCAAAUGGGACGGGAAGCUUUGGAAAUUGGCACUGGCAGCCCUGGCAUUUUCUCGGUAGCCUUGGGCAAGAUUCAAAGUUAGCAGCGACCUACGAUAGUGCGCUUUCUUGUUGGUUUGAGCGGUCCGACUGUCUGAAUAGGCGCUGCUCAGAAACCACAUCAGAAAGCUGUCAGGCGAUCUUUGAGCAGGGUGUCUCCAGCUGCGUGCGGCUAGGAUUUUACUUCAGAGAUUAUUUCCUUCUAUAAGGCUUGUAAAACCGCCUUUUCACACAUCAAGAAAUAGGAGUUGUUUUCUGCGGGCGCUCAAGUUUGGAGAAAACUCCUGCAUGCUGCAACGAUGCCGAAGACGCCUAGGACUCGAUCACGGGCCUCUCACAGUUCUCUCAGCACGCCAUAUGCCAAGAGGUCAAAGUCAGAUGUUGAGGAUACGGCAGGAAGCGUGGGCGGAAAGGCUGACGCAAUAGGCCUGGAUGAGACAGAGCUGUGGGAAGUAACUCGCUGCUGCAUCUGCCUGGAAAGCCCUCACAACGGGGUGCUCUUGCUCUGUGCCUCAUCAGAUCGUGGCUGUAGGCCCUAUGUUUGUGACACGUCAGCGAGGCACUCCAACUGCCUGGAUACUUACAAGAGGACAAUGACCGAGUGCGUCGAGGUGGAAGGGAAGGAGAGGGAGUUUCGUCUGCCAUGCCCGCUCUGUAGGGGAACAGUGACUGGGCAGAAGAUCAACAAGGGUGCACGUCACUACUGGAACCAGAAAGAGAGACCAUGCGCAAAGGAGUCAUGUAGUUUCAAGGCCAAGUACACCGCUCUUCGCAGGCAUGCUCGGAAGGACCAUCCCAAUGAUCGCCCCACAGAAGUAAAGCCGGAGCAAGCUCAAAGUUGGCAGCGGGCCGAGAGGGAGCGCGAGAUGCAGGAUGUGCUCAGUGCUGCUUUCAGCGGGCCAAAUGGGGAGCCCCAAAACGCGGAGCCGGAGUCAAGAGGGUGGACGGUGUACUUUUUAUUUCACAUGCUGGACGGCGAGAUUGGGGGGUUCAGUGUCGCGAGGCGGUUCGUGAUGGGGCCAGGCCCAGCUAGGAGAGCAUCACGGCAGCAAUUGUUGGAGAUGACGGCAAGUCCCGACAGCGAAUCAGAGGAUUACUCAGAGGACGAGGCUGAGCAACAGCCCGUUGCUCCGCCAACCCACCACUACUACACACGCAGCCGGCAAGAGGCCCCGCAGGAGACUCAGCCAACGGACAACUCUGGCGCAGGCACUGCUACAGUGCGUCAGCAGGGAGAGGCAACCGGAUCUGCAGGGCACCAGCCGGCAUACAGGACUCGGAGUGUCGGUCUUGGGGAGACCAGCCACCAAAACGGACUCGACGGCGCGGAGGAGACGGGUCUGCCUUUGUCAUGGAGAGGGGUUUCGGGUGCAGGGGGUGUUGGUGGCCGUCGGCUGCGACGCUUGGGGAGGUUCCGACUAGUUGAGGAGGUCAAUGCAGAAGCCGAAGAAUCUGAAGCUGCAGGGACGAGAUUGGGGUUAAGAAGCGACCAAGGAGGUGCAGGAAGUACAGGGGAUGAAAUGGAGGAGACGGCAGAUUAAUUCGAUGUUUUAGAAGGUGCUGGCGGUGCUCCUGGUCAAACAUAUUGUAACGGACAUAUGUUUCAGGAAUGUACAGAGUCUCCAAGGCAUGGUGAAUGAUAGGUAGUCCACUCCCCAGCUCUCAGAGCUUGUAGCAUCAGUGUAUCCUGUAUAGGUGAAUUGGUGAUGGCGAGAACGUGCAGCAUCCGUGCAGGUAUGCUCUCAAGCUAUUGUGCAAGGUCAUUGUAAGGCAAGGGUAGUGAAGUUCCAUACAUUGACAUUGGCUAUUUGAAUGUGUAUCAAACCGAGAAUAUUUGAGACGAAUGUGUUUGGCUCAGCAAUCAGGACUAGGUC